AUGGACCAGCCUAGACCGCACCCGGCGGCCAAGCAGCCUGCGCCCGCCCACCAUACCCACCCAGGCACCCACUCGACCACCCCGGAUGCCGCCAUCAAGUCGUCGCCGCCCUCGGUCCACUCGUACCGCGGCGAUGCACCGACGGCCACGGCCGCCCCACCGCCCGGCACCGUCAUCCAGGCCAAGCACUUUUCCACGCUCGCCCUCAUCGGCCUCUGCUACUGCAUCCUCAACAGCUGGACCGCCGCCUCGGCCUCGCUCUCGGUCGCCCUCCCCUCGGGCGGCCCAGUGGCCAUCCUCUGGGGACUCGUCGUCGCCACCUGCGGCACCAUGGCCAUCGCCCUAUCCAUGGCCGAGAUCUGCUCCCACUACCCGACCACCGGCGGCCAGUACCACUGGGUCUACCUCCUCAGCCCGCCCGCCUACCGCAACGGCCUGGCCUACACCGCCGGUUGGCUCAGCGUCGCCGGCUGGGUCGCCCUCACCGCCACGGCCUCGAGCCUCGCCGCGCAGCUCAUCACUGGCCUCAUCGCGCUUCUCCACCCCAACUACGAGAGCCAGCCGUGGCACGUCUUCCUCCUCUACGUCGCCUUUGCCCUCGGCGCCUGGCUCGUCAAUGCGUUUGCCGUCCGCAUCCUCGACGCCGUCAACCGCGUGGCCAUGUUCUGGUCCCUCGUCGGCGCCCUCGUCAUCGUCAUCACCACGCUCGCCUGCGCCGUGCCCGACGGCCGCGUCCAGUCGGCCCGGUUCGUCUUUGGCGGCUUCAACAACUCGACGGGCUGGAACGACGGCGUGGCCUGGAUCCUCGGCCUGCUCCAGGCCGCCUUCAGCCUGAUUGGCGCCGACGGCGCCACCCACCUCAUCGACGAGAUCUCGCACCCGGCGCGCAACGCCCCGCUCGCCAUGGUGCUCGCCGUGGCCAUCGGGUCGAGCUCGACGUUUGUCGUGCUGACGGUGCUCCUCUUUGUCAUCCGCGACUUUGACGCCGUCGUAUCGUCGCCCAACGGCGCCCUCGGCGAGAUCCUCUACCAGGCCGUCGCCAACCGCGCCGGCGCCGUCUGUCUCCUCAUCUUCCCCAUCUGCUCGAUGGCCUUCACCGCCACGGCGCUCCUCACCACGAGCUCGCGCAUGGUGCAGGCGUUUGCGCGCGACCGCGGCCUGCCCUUCUGCUACGGCCCGCUCCACCUCGAGCGCGUCGACGCCCGCCUCGAGGUGCCGCUCCAGGCAAUGACGCUCACGACGGCGUGGGUCGUCGUCUUCGGCUGCAUCUACCUCGGCAGCGACUCGGCGCUCAACGCCAUCCUGAGCAGCUCCGUCGUGCUCCUCCAGGCAUCCUACUGCCUCCCCAUCCUCCUCGUCCUCAUCCGCGGCCGGAAGGCCACGCUGCUCGGUCCGUCCACGUCGGCGGGAGACGACAGCGCCGUCAACGCAGGCCAGCGACGCACCCUCGGCCCCAUUCUCGGUCCGGCGCUCAACGCCACCGCAGUGGCCUAUAUUGCGUUUACCGACGUCUUUUUCCUCUUUCCGCCCGAACUUCCCGUGACGGGCUCCAACAUGAACUACACCGUCGUCGUCGUCGCCAUCGUCGUCGUCCUCGCCGCGACCGCGUGGCUCGUCGAGGGGAAAAGCAGCUACGUCGGUCCUGUCGACGUCGAGGCCGUCCUGCGCCGGUGCCGUGGCGAGGCCCACGUCGGGGCGGGAAAAGGAGGCGUCGACGGUCUAGAAGCCACGGGCGGCCAGUAG